CGCUGGUAAACUGUGCUGGUCGACCACUAGGCAACAGAUACCAUUGGCGAAGCUUGGAGAUUGUAAAUAGAAUGAAAGACAUGCCCGAGAUCGUGACCUAGUUUCGAUGAAUCGAUUCACCGAAUCUGCAUUGACAGACAUCCUGAUUCGCAGGUUGUAUAGGCAGUACGCUGACAGCCAUUUUAGCCUGUUGACUUCGCUUCCAUCCACCCACCGACGAAAAGGUGUCGUUUCAUUGAUUUUGUAAGGCAGGAACCUGAGGUCACGAAAACUAAGAUGGCGACCAAGAGUUCGAGUGAUAACGAUGGAGACCAUGCUUGUCUGAUGUGUUUGGAUGAACACGAUUCGCUGAAGAUUCUCACCAACUGCAAGCAUGUUUUCUGCUCUAAGUGCCUGCGAACCCACCAAAAGGGUCUUGGUAAGAACUCAUUCUGUUGUCCGACUUGCCAGGCUGCCUGUCCUCUACCAGGAGGUGAUAUCGCUGCCCUGCCGGACUACAGUGGUGACGAUGAUGACAGUGGAACCAAUGCCAAGAGAUCCAAGGGGCUUGGUACAACUCUGGACCAUACGAAGAUUUUUUGUGAAUGCUGUAUCUUUACCAAGAACUUGGAAAUCGAUGCCAAAAACCUUUGCGAGGAGUGUGGCAAUUUGUAUCUUUGUAAAGAUUGCACUGAGGUUCAUGGGAGAAAAAAGGUAACUGCAGGCCAUGCUGUGAUUUCGCUUAAGGAACACAACAAAGGCAACUGCAAAGUACAUAGGAAACUUAUCAACUGCUUUUGCACUUCCUGCGCUCAGCCCUGCUGCCGCCUGUGUGUUAUCUUAGAUCAUGGUGAUCACAAGGUGGAGAAGAUUGGUGAUGUUUUCCGCACACUGGUGGAUGAGCUCACCACCAUCACAGACCAGCAAGAGAGUCGAUCCAACAACUUGAAAAGGUUUGAGGGCCAGUUGCAAUACCUGAAAAGUACAGAGGUGACUGAGAGGAGAGACAACCUUAUCCAAGCAACUGAAGACCAAGCAGAGAAAUGUUUUGCGCAUAUCCUACAACAGAAGGAUGACCAAAUUAAGAAGAUCCGAGAGGACUACAAGUUCGUCACUGGUGUGUUGCAGAGUUUGGAGCGGGUGACAGGACUGGGAGCGCUAGAUACCACAGUGGCCAAGGCAAAGGUGUUGCAAGCAGAGGUAGAAAUCCACCCCGAAGACAUAAGGCAGUUGUCAGCCAUCAAGCAAGACAUCCUUGACCUGGGGAUACAGGAAGAGAUUGACAUAGAAAGUUAUUGGGAAACCUAUCAGAGGUUCUACGAUAACCCUGUCCAAUUUGUUCCAGCUACUCUGCAAUCGAUUGGAACAAUCCAGGCUACAACCGCGAAGCAGUGGAACAUCAGCCAGUGCACAUCUGUCUUCGAGAAAACGAUGGCUGUUGACAACACGGCCAAGUACAUACCAUACGUUGCAAGCCUUGGCAACAACUUCUUUGCCAUUGCACACCCCAUCGUCGCUGGCGGAAGAUCAGAGGCUGUCGACAUCUACAAAUUUCCUGGCGAGUUCCAACGCACUCUGAAAGAUCACGUCAGCCCAUUGAUUGAUAUGGUAGCAACCUUUGCUGGUCAGUUAGCUAUCCUCUCCCUAGGUACUGCUGAGCAAACCUGCUCGGCACGGUUGUUCAAUCCCGAGGUCGGAUACAUCAGAUCGACCAAAGAUUUCGCCGUAAACGACCCACUCUCCUUUGAUGUCAAUUUAUGUAAUCAGUACAUCAUCCUAAGCGUAGGAAAUAAAGUCACUAUCUUCAAUGAAGAUGGAUCACUUGCACUCAUGUCUACUGUACUAAGUGGAUCCGGAUACGUCAGUGGACCAUGCAGGAUAAGAUUUAGGGGAGUUUACAUCUAUGUGAUGGACGUUAAUUAUGUUUUUGAUGUCUACCGUUAUAAGCCAAAUGAAAAAACUAUGGUUGUGUACUUUGCAUCAAGCUGUGUAAUGGGCUUAUCGAGUUUUGUCAUAAAGGACUUCUCAGUGACCAGUUUCAACCAAAUCAUGGUAUGCUACAACUAUUCGUCAUAUCCUUACUGCUAUUGUCAUUUACUGGUUAAUAACCAGCUCUCAAACCAAGCUCGGAGGCAGUUGGGAAAUCCAGCGCAAGGAGCGAACAUCGAAUCGAGGCUUGCUGUGAAGGACAAAUACCUUGUAAUGUCACAGGGUCAAACAAUCAGAGUUUACGAGGAACCGUAGAUUGGAUACAGGCGAGUUAACUGGACUCGCACUGGUCAGAUGUCCAGUCACCUACAUACCGGUACCAUGGGGACUCCGUUAUCAGACUAUUUCCAUGCUCGUGGACAAAGUUAGCUGAUGAGAGUGGAACAUAAUAACGGACGUUUAAGGCAAAGUACACUGUACGAGGUUAACUUACCUUUGAACUUGUUGACUUUUGAACUCUACAAAACGACUUGUGUGCACUAUUAAAUGAAUUGCCAUAACCACUUGUGUGCACUAUUAAAUGCAUUGCAAAAACCAAUUCAUUUAAACAAUCCUUAAAAUCUGAGACAACUUUUAUUUUUAUAUCUGAUUAAUUUCUUAAAAACAUUAAGUGUGUGAUACAGGCUGGCCGGGUGUGACAGAAAGUUUAGUCUCUCUGGAUGAUAAGAACUACUCUUUUGUUCAAAGGAUUGUUCAAGGAUUUAGAGCUUGAAAGACAUUUCCUUAUCAUGGCGGCUGCUGUAUAUACAAACGAACUUUUGUUGGGGGUACUGCAGUUGGAUCCUCGCAGGGAAUUUCAAACAGGAAACAUUUCCAUUAGGAUGCCAUCUUAAUUAAUGACGAAACAACAACAAAAUAAUGGCACAUACACAUGACAGCAGCAACGAUGUAGGAUUGAGCGCAACCGCUCCGUUUGACCACAUCGCAAACAUCCGCACAGGGGCGCCACUCCCGUCCAUGAUUUUGAUAGGGAAGGCGUAGAUGGUGGCUCCGGCUGGUGGUAUCCUGCUGAGGUUGGCGACCAUCUCGAAGCCAAUGCGGUUAUUCUCUAGAAGGUAUCUGCAAGUGGAGAAAAGGAAAAUAUUUCAAUGGGGAAGGUGACAGUAAAUGCAUUCUCUGACAUUUACACUUUUCUUUUAUGCAUAUAUCUCGGGCCGCGCCAGGCAGGCGUGUAUUUUUUUAGGUUUCUGGGUUAGGCUGUGCAAUGAAUAUAAAGCGCUUUGAGGCAGAACUUGUACAGACUAAAGCGCUAUAAGAACUUAUAUUUCAUCAUGAUGGCGAUACCUGUUUAUGUUUGCGCUGCUAUUUACUCGCGUGCUUGCUAUAGACAACAUCGCAGCCAAUACCGACGCCCUUUAUAAUUCUACACAUUGACCCUCGAUGUAUUGACAUUGCUCAGCUUCUUGAUAACGUGCGGAGAAAACGGUGGCAAUAAUACCGCUGGAAGUUCAUUAUCUAAUCCUACGGAGUCCAACCACAGAUGGUUUGAAAAUCAUUUUGUUUUUCCUGACAAUGUCACUUCAAAAUGAUCUUGGAACAAUAUCAACCUGUGUACAGGAAAGUCCUUCGUGUUUCCCAGGUCGAAGGACAUUGCAUCAGUGCCUAUCCCGACAAUAUCCCGUUCCUCGACCAACCAUUUUGUCGCAUCCAGGCUGAAGCCCGGCCAAUGAAGGCUGGAUAUGUUGACGUUCCCCGAACUGGUAUAGCUUCUUCCGAGAUACUCAGUGGUGUUCAUCCACCGUUCUUCCCAGCCAGCAUUUUGUAACACGAAUGCCCUGAAAACAUUGUAAUGAUUUCGAACUGUGGCAGAAUGAAUGAUAUCUGCCGUUACGUGGAGGGGUCAAUCAGAAGAUUCCAUGAUAGGAUAAAUCAGACUCAGAUAUGAUGUUGGCUAUCACUUUGAUUACAUGUUUCUCAUCAACUCGAACGUGUGUACAUCAAGCCAUUACAGCGAAGUUCGACAUCUGGCCGUGGCGGCGCUAUCGUCCGGUGUCUCCGGGAUUGCGCGGGAAGGGGAUCAUACAGGGUGAUACCAUACACAGAACAUGUAUGAAAAACUGGCAACAUCUAAGGGUUUUCCAUUUUGCUGAAAAGCCUCCACGGCGUGUAUAUUCGAGUUGACCUAAAACUCGAAACCUGUAUUGCCAAGAGUGUGGGUUUAAACAUAGCCAAAGGGUGAAUGUAAGACAGCGAAUGACAUUGAAUAUGCAUCA